GGAGACGGCCGAGCGGAGCCACAACACACCCGCUGUGUUAUGGUGCUGCCCGGGUGACCAGGCCGGCCCCGCGACGGCACCGGCCCGCGGCCCUCACACCGCCCGCCCGACCCGACCACCUCGGCCCGCGGCACCUCGGUCAGCGGUCUGCCCGACGACAGAACCCACAGCACCGAUGGGGACGAGUCCCCACCGUUUGUACUGGGAGGGUCUGACGGUUGACUACCGCCUUCUGCCUAUACGGCUCCGGCCAGCGAACGGCACGCUGCCUCAGAUGAACUCCUUUCGAAGGUGAAGUUAGCUCCUCUGUCAGUCGGAGCCAUGGACGUUCUCAGGCUUCUUAGACGGAGAGGCGUUUUCAGACAGCGUUUCGUCAACGACCAGCAGUUGCGGUCACACCAACUCAGCACACCGCUCCGUGAAGUGAUGCUCCCGCCAUGAGCCACGAAGACUCCACUCCGUCACCGGCUCACCGUCCCAAGACUAGCUCGACCGUUUGUGGCGGCGACUCGACGUCACCUAGCCAGGACUGGUUGGUCCGUGUUUUCGGACAUGAGGUAGGCAGAUUCUGUCUAUUGAGUGAGAAAGAGAGAGAGAGAGAGAGAGAGAGAGAGAGAGAGAGAGAGAGAGAGAGAGAGAGAGAGAGAGAGAGAGAGAGAGGCGAUGAAUCGUGAGCCAGUGCAUCAGAUGGAGUGAGAGUAUCCUUGAUCCUGUCCCGAACCAUCCUAACCAUCACCCACCGUGCGUUCAUCGUGUAAGACCUAAAAUGCUCACUAAAAGUCGUGACACCCGUCCCUUCUUUCUGUAUUUAGUUGUGCCGACUCCUGCGCCGACCGACGAGGUUACCAUGGCCAUCAAAGCAACAUACGACGACAAGUAUCCGGUCACCACCAACUACUACUGGGCCAACAUCGACGUCAACAUGACGUCCACCCAGGGCGACGACACGUGGACCACGGGCCAGGGACCGGCCGGCUUCGAGAACUCGCUCAUUCUCCAGCAGGGGUGUAUGUCCCACCAGAAGUGGGCCAACCGCCGGGAAGCGUGCGCCCAUAACCCCAACAACUGCACGAACGGCUUCUCCUUCAGCAUCUGGGCGCGCAUCGAGAUGGAGGCCAUCGAGACGCUGUUUAACGGCACCGUCAGCACCCACCGGCGCUACAUCCUCAGCACAGGCGGCGACGACCAGGGCUCUCCGGGAGUAGCCAUCUACGUCGAGGGCCACUCACUGCACGCGCUGGUCUCCACGGGCGCCGAGUACUGGGACGUGUCCGUGGUCGGCCAGGUCAUCUCGCAGGAGUGGAUCAACAUCGGUGUGCGCUGGAGCAAGACGGAGCCGUUCGAGGUGCCCGGCUCCACCAAGACACUGCCCGGCCUGCAGCUGUACGUCAACAGCGUCCCGCUGGCGCGCGUGGCGGUGCCGGCGCCGGCACAGGCGGCCGUCAAGGCCAUCCUCGAUCCCGUGGAAGUGAUGGUCGGCUGCCACCGGACCAAAGACAACUUGGCCUACCGCGACUUCUGCAAGGGCGAGUUUGACGAGCUGGCCAUGUGGACGCGCCUGCUGCCGGCCAACGAGUCCAUCUACUUCCUCGGCGGAUACGACGAGCAGGACAAGGAGACCACGAUGAACUCACUGCUGGACGAGUUCCAGCGCUGCCCCAAGUGCCGCACCGACGCCAAGAUGUUCCGCGCCGCCAUCGACCGCGUGGAGAAGGCCAUCAAGACGCCGCCGCCGACCACGGCGCCGGUGGGCAGCACGGCCGACUCCGGCGGAGCGGAGACGGCCACCGCCGAGGAGGCGGCCGCCCCGGCCGACCUGCCAGAGGGCACGCCGCUGGCCAGCCCGGAGGAAGUGAGCAAGGUGCGCACGCUGGUGGACCUGGUCAAGAUGAUGACCUCGGAGGCCAAGGACCCGGUGACGACCGAAGAGCUUCCCCUCUUCCUGUCUUUGAAGCAGGUGGUGGGAACCGCCCUCGAUAAGGAGACGCUGCCCCAGUGGCGCAACAUCGAGUACACUUACAAGGAGGAGGGAGGUGCCGCCUCGGUGGUCACGGGCUUCGAGGACUGGGCGCUGGAGCUGGGCAGCAACACCGAACUGAAGAGCCUCAAGGAUAACCUCGUUCACCACGAGAAGGCCAACAACAUCGAGAUGGUGCUCCAGCGCACGGCUAAUUUCCAAAUAAGGCAGAAGCCCGUCCUCAAUUACCCGAUCGGAAAGACAGGACUCAACAGCGUCCGAUUGGCCAGCGAGCUGUUCCACAACCCGGAUAUCGACGCGUGUAAGUUUGUCGGAGUGACGGUGGUGUACGUCUUCUACCCCACCCUGGGACACGUCUCACCGCAACGCUACAGCAAACUGGACAUCAACGCGGCCGACACGGACCUGGAGCUGGAGGGGGGCGUGGUGUCGACCAAGUACGCGCUGAGCUCGGAUAACCCGGAGCUGGUGGCCAACUGCAGUCCGACGGCCGAGCAGCUGCGCAAGUACCCCCUGCAGACGUCCAUCAGCCACACCAACCCCGUCAAGGCCAAACGGGGCAUCCUCUUCCACGAGGGAGAGAUCGACACCGGGAUUCUGCGCCGCGCCUGCGUCUGGUGGAACCCGGACCUGUCCGACUACGGAGGCUGGGACACGGACGGCUGUAAGGCCGUCGAAUACAGCGACUUCCACACCCGGUGCGCCUGCGCCCACUUUGGCCAGAUGGCCAUCAUGGUGCAAAAGGAGCCGCCGAAGAUCGUUGAUUUGGAAUUCCUAUGGCUGAAGAUAAUCAAAUAUAUCUGCUACACGAUAUCAGCACUACUUCUUAUUAUAUUUAUUGUCGUCGUAAUAAAGAUCAAGGCGCUGCACGAGAUGUUCCACCUGAUGCGGCUGAACACGGCCAUCGGCCUGCUGUUCGGCUCGGUGCUGAUGGUGCUCACCGACAUCCCGGAGAUCCGCGCCGACCGGCACACGUGUACCGGGUUCGCCGGCGGCAUCCACUUCUUCUACCUGCUGGCGGCCGCCAUGGUCACCAUGGAGGGCAUCGCCGACUUUAUCUCCGUCACCAGCGGCGCCAUCGGCGGCAAACUCAAGUCCUACGUGGCCUUCUCGUGGGGUAUACCGUUCUUGUCACUGGGCUAUGCAAUGCUAAUGCAUCUGAUAGACUACGGCACCGACCCGCGGUGCAUGCUCGGCUGGCCCGAUCAGGUGAAGAUGACCAUGUUCCUUCCGAUGAUCGUGCUGCUCGUCUUCACCUUCGUGAUGACGUGUCUGGUGAGCUGCAACAUGCAGGCCUCCCGGCUCAGGAAGGAGAACAUCGUGGCCGAGCAGCUCACCGUCUGCAAGGGCUACGUCUUCUUCUCAUUCUACUUCUUCUGCACGUGGAUCGUGGGCCUGAUAGCCUAUCUGCGGCUGGGCCUUAGCAUCCCCAGCUUCUAUCCACUGUUCCAGAUACUUAACUCCACGGGAGGUAUUAUCUUCUUCCUAUUCUGCGGUAUUGGCUCGGAGCGGUUCCGACUGCUCAUCUCGGGCAAGUCGGACCUGCGGAAGAAGAUGCUACUCUCGUACACGGUGUCGGAGCAGCUGAGCGAGUCCCAGCAGAACCUGGUCGAGAAGGAGCCCAGCCGACCGGCCACGCCCGAGGACGACGAAGAGUUCGACCCGGAGGCCAUGGGACCGCGAGGACCCAUUGUGGCGUAACUUGACGUCAGUUCGUCCUACAACUGACCAACGGCGACCUGCGAUAGACCGGACCCGUGCCUCGGCCAUCGACGGCUCGGGUUAUUUGUGUGUGCAAUGUGUGUCUUCAACGUGACUCAACGCUCCACGGCACGCCACGCCACACUCGAAAACGAGUAGCGUGUGGCGCUGCUGUGAAAUCGAAACGCUUUACCCGUGCUGUUUAGUAUCUAUUGUAUGAUUUUAUCCGUAGGAUUUCAUCGGUUUCGCUUGCUCUUUCCUAUUUCAAUAUGACUGGCUGUAUUAUCAGUAUUGUGAGCGCACCGUUCGGACAGCGGCGGUUAUCAGACUCCGACACUCACUGUCAACGUCAUCGGAUAGACAUGCGGUCAGACCGUCUCGAACGGUUCGCGCGUUCAGACCGUCUCGAACGGUUCAUGCGGCCCCCGUCCCCGUUAUCAGCUGGGGGUCCUCGCAGUCACUGUCACUGUCACCUGGCAGUGAACGCGCACUUGAAACGGUCCGCGCGGCCACCGUCACUUUUAUCGGACGGUGAACGAGGUCUCAGUCAUUCGUCCUCGGCUGUCUGUGGUCGACCAUUACGCAGUGUUUGGCGCAGUGUCUGAGCCGUCACGACCACCCCACGGCUGACCGUCAGCAGCUGUCCGUUUUCAGGAGACGGUGCUAGCUCGGCAUUCGCUCAGUUGUUUGUUGUAAUUGUUUCAGAGGAUAAUAUAGUUUUAUUAGCAGCAAUGAGAAA